GUGUGUCUUAUUAAUCUCUCGUCCGAAGACAGGUUUUUUUCAUUCCGAAAACAGAUCAUCGUUUUCUUCAGAUCAUUAAUCUUUCUCCUAUCGCGACCAUUCUCACGUUGCUCUCAGAGAUCUCGGAUCGUAUUCAUGGACGGCGAAGAUUUUGCCGGAAAGGCGGCUGCUGAAGCCAGAGGAUUGAACCCAGGACUGAUUGUGUUGCUUGUUAUCGGAGGUCCGCUUAUUGUGUUCCUUGUUGCCAACAUCGUGCUCUACGUGCAUGCACAGAAGAACCUACCUCCAAAGAAGAAGAAGCCAGUUUCCAAAAAGAAGCUCAAGCGCGAGAGGCUGAAGCAAGGAGUCUCCGUACCUGGAGAAUAAAACCAACCUUAGCUCCCACUCCACUUAUGCCUUAUCUAGAGUUGACAUAAAAGCUUAUAAUCUCUCAUCAAUUUUUGACUCUUUGUGAUUUUUUGUUUUUCAUUUACUUGUGUCAUGAGGAUUGUUUUGAGUUCUGUAUGAUUUACACACUUUUUGCUUGUUUAAACUUUUUUGGUCUGUUUAGUUUUGCCUGCACGCACGUUUGAUUGCAGCAGCUGUAGAGUCUCUCUCAUCAUCCUCUUUGCAACAAUUUCUCAUUUCUAAUCUUUAUACUAUUUGCUACUUU